GCGUGACGUCACCAAAGCGCGCCGUGCGCGGGCGCGCAGUUCCUGCUUCGGCUGAUCGGCCGGUGGCGCCGCCGCCGCUGCUGCUGCCGCCUCCGCCGCUGCCGCCCCUCCUUCGCCGGGGAAGGGAAGCCAUGGCUGAUUACUGGAAAUCUCAGCCCAAGAAAUUCUGUGAUUAUUGCAAGUGCUGGAUAGCAGACAACAAACCGAGCAUCGAUUUCCACGAAAGAGGAAAGAACCACAAGGAAAAUGUGGCGAAGAAAAUUAGCGAGAUUAAGCAGAAAAGCUUGGACAAGGCGAAAGAGGACGAAAAAAGGGCAAAGGAGUUUGCAGCCAUGGAAGAAGCAGCCACAAAGGCCUAUCAGGAAGAUUUGAAAAGGCUCGGAUUGAAGGCAGAACCUGUAGGACAGCCUUCCUUGCCGAUAAAACAGGAAGAAAAGAAGGAGAAAAAAGAGAAAAAAGAAAAGGAGAAAAAAGAAAAGAAGAAAAAAGAGAAACAAACUAAGGGAAUUUCAUCCAACGGAACAAAGGAAUGGGUGCGAGGAUUUUCUCCCGAAGGCUACACUUAUUAUUACAACACAAAAUCUGGAGAAUCACAGUGGGAGAAGCCAGAAGGAUUUCAGGACACCACUCAGAAUUCUCAAAAGGAAGCAGUUUGGAUAGAAGGGACAGAUGACGAUGGUUACACCUACUACUAUAACAAGGAGACUGGAGUAUCAACGUGGGAGAAGCCUGAAGGUUUCGUACCUUUUUCCAUAAAGGAUAAUCCAGAUGAAAACUCUUCUGAAGAGAUCAGCAAAAACGAAUCACCAAAGAGGAAGGCAGACAGCGAUGAAGAAAAGCCUCGCAAACCCAAAAAGAUUAGCCCUUACGGAGAGUGGCAGCAGGUAAACAAUGAGAAGACUGACCACAAGAAGAGCCCAUCUGUUCCAUCAGAAACCUCAUCCUCGUCGGCUCAGAAGCCCCUCUCUUUCGGCAAAUGGGAAGAAAUCACGGAAGAAGAAGCAUACGAGAAGGUCGACUUGGAGCUUCCUAGUAAGGAGAGCAACAGCGCCCCAGUUGUAGAAGUACCAGACGACGCCAAAGUGAUCUUCAAAGAAAAAACCGUCACUUCCCUCGGCGACGUCACGGAACAGAUGCCGGUUUUCAGAAAGCGGAAAUUUGAAAAUGGGAAAUCUCGAAACAUUCGACAGAGGCUGAGCGAUCACUAACACCCUGGCUGCAUUGUCAACCAAACACUUUCGAGGACAAGAAAACAAAAGGACGCCAGGAAAAGAUGGACUGUUUAAAGCAAUUCCUUCACAAGACAUGACUGUAAUUUUUAGAGAUCAUAGUUUUUCAAACAAUGUCUUGGGUGUAAAAUGUACAGAAUAUUUGUUUUCCUUCCCCCAAGUUAUGUUAUUUUAGUUUGCUGGAUUUCUUUUUUUUUUUUUUCCCCUUUGUGAGGUCGUGUAAAUAUAUUUUUUAAAUAGCGGGUGAAAGGCGGUUCAGCGUACCUUACAAGGGAGCAUAUGGUUGUGAAUCCUUUUCCAAGAAAAAUAAACACAGUAAUUGCUUAACAACGUC